AUGAAUAAUUUCGAUGAAAUCGACAAGAAACAACAACAACAACAGCCACAAUCAUCUAGAUUGAUUCAAUCAUCUAGUAGUAGAACAAUAAAUAUCAAUUUUUUAACAAUAAGAGAACGUAAUCAAUUAGCCAAUGGUUUAAUACCAUUAAUACAAUCAUCAACAAAAUUAUUGUUGAGUGCACCAUUUUCAAAUUUUAGCCAAUACACAAGACGACUAUUUUUGACCGGAUUCGCUGGCAUUAUACCGGAGAAUAUUAAUAAUAACCGUAUUGGAUACAUAAUCAUUUUGGCUAAAGAAAUGGCCAAUAUAACAAUGGCGAAAGAUAAAACAAUGAUUGGUGCUGAAGUUUUUAAAUUUAUGCUACCAGAAAGUUUGACCACAUCGAUACGUGAUCAAUUGACCACCAUAGUUGAUUUGAUUGAUAAAAAAAUACGUGAAAAUAGUGAAAAAAAUGUCGUCGUUUGUUGUACAGCCGGUAUGAGUCGAUCAGCCACAAUUGUAUUAGCAUAUGCUAUAAAACAUUUACGUGUAUCAUUACGCAUUGCAUUUCAAGAACUACAACAAUCACGACAAUGUGCAAGGCCAAAUCCAAAUUAUUUUCAACAAUUAAUCGGUUAUGAACAUGAAUGUUUGGAUAAAAAUAGUGUACACAUGAUUGAUAUUGGAUCAAAAAUUCAUUUGAAUGAAAAUGAUAAAAAACGUACUACAUCGGCAAUGAAAUCAAAAAUUCAUUCAACAAUAACAACAACAACAACGACGACGACAACAGCAUCAUUACGAUUACCGGACAUUUAUCGUGAUUCAUAUCCAGAAUUGUUGAAAUAUGAACAGAAUACACAUGAAUAUUUGAAAACAAAAUCACAAAAACAACAAUCACCAAUGGCACAAAGCAGCGUUGGCGGUAGAAGAACCGAUGAAGAAUAUACUGCACGACAACAGCAUACUGUUUAUGUGAAAGAAAAAACUAAAAGUUGAAUGUUUCUCUCUGUUAUUGUUGUGUUCAUUACAGGAAAAAAAAUCAAGACAAUAAAAAAAAUCAUUAA